UUGAAGAACUCAGGAAUUAAAGGUUAGUAGGGUUGGCAUCCUUUAGUGUUGCUAGUUUUUACUUUCCCAAAAAUUCCUCUUAGCUUCUGCCUCAAAAAUCCUCCAUUGAACUCACAAUAACCUAUCUAACUAUGGCCCCAGAAGUGCCUGUAGACGUGUUUUCAGGUUCAGGCAAGGUCUCGACCACCCUCAACACAGGCUACUCCAGGAGGGCCUUUGUGACUUUUUUAGCUGGCAAUGGGGACUAUAUCAAAGGAGUGGUUGGUUUGGCUAAAGGUUUACGCAAGGUGAAGAGUGCAUACCCUCUUGUGGUUGCAAUCUUGGCUGAUGUCCCUGAGGAGCAUCGUCAAAUCCUGAAGUCUCAAGGCUGCAUAGUGCGUGAGAUUGAGCCCAUUUAUCCACCUGAAAACCAGAUUCAAUUUGCCAUGGCUUACUAUGUUAUCAACUAUUCCAAGCUCAGAAUCUGGAAUUUUGAGGAAUACAGCAAAAUGAUGUAUUUGGAUGCGGAUAUCCAAGUGUUUGAGAAUAUAGACCAUCUUUUCGACACUCCAGAUGGCUACUUCUACGCAACUAUGGAUUGCUUCUGUGAGAAAACAUGGAGCUAUUCCCUUCAACACAAAAUUGGGUACUGCCAGCAGUGCCCUGAUAGAGUCCCAUGGCCAGCAGACAUGGGCUCUCCUCCUCCCUUGUACUUCAACGCUGGAAUGUUUGUCUUCGAGCCUAGUCGUUUGACCUACGACAAUCUUCUUCACGCUCUCAAGAUCACCCCUCCGACACCCUUUGCAGAGCAAGAUUUCUUGAACAUGUUCUUCGAGAAGACUUACAAGCCACUUCCUCUGGUUUACAACCUAGUUUUAGCCAUGUUAUGGCGCCAUCCUGAGAACGUGGAGGUGGAAAAAGUGAAGGUGGCCCAUUACUGUGCUGCUGGCUCAAAACCGUGGAGGUAUACUGGGAAGGAAGCUAACAUGGACAGGGAGGACAUCAAGAUGCUAGUGAAAAAAUGGUGGGAUAUAUACAACGAUGAGUCGCUUGAUUACAAGCCCGAAAACUCAGUAGCAGCAGCAGCAGAAGAUGAAACUUUCUCAAGGACAUCCAUUAUGGCUUCCAUGCCUGAGCCUGCCAUUUCCUACAUCCCUGCACCCUCUGCUGCUUGAUAAAUUUAUAAGGAGAAUAUUUAAAAGUUUGGUGUAAUCCUACCCUUUUCCUUUUUUCUUUGUUUUAUAUAUAAAAUAAAUAGUUAUAUAUACCUUUAA